AUGACUAACCCUUCAAGGGCUUGGGGACUGGUUGAAUACUACCUUAACAAGUACUACUCGUCCAAAUACAAACCUGCCAUUCGAGGACCCUCAACUCGCAACUCGUCGUCUGUGUCUGUCAUUGUUCGCACUCUUGAGCCUCCUCCCAUCUUCAAAGAAUGUCUCAUCGCCUGGAUGCAAAACAAACCGCUCGAAAUCAUCAUCUCAACCACCGCCGAACACUUCGAAGCUGUCACAGCUGUUGUCCGAGAAGCCAUCAAGGAAAUGAAUGGACCUCACCCUCGAAUUACAACAUUGGUCACAGCUGAGGGAGCGAGAAAGCAGUUGCUUACCGGUGCGCUGAAAGCCGAAGGUGAGAUCAUCGCUACUUCGGACAAUCACGUUCUUUGGGGCCCUGAGUAUCUCAAUCAUAUGCUUCCUUGCUUUGAUGAUCGUCGGGUUGGCGCAGCUGGUCCUCAAAUCACCGUCAACAUCCCAAAAGAGCGCCAAAACCCUAACAAGAUCAUCAAAUGGGAAGUCGCAGGUACAAGGCUGAUUGAUCGUGCCUCUUCGAAUGUCAUGAUGCUUGUCGCAGCUCAAUGGGUCUGGAUCCUUCCUGGCACAACAUGCAUGUUUCGCGGCCAUCUUGUCCAGGAUGAUGAGUUCAUUGAUGGAUAUCUAAGUGAUACCUGGAAUGAUGUGCCUCUUGAUGCUGGGGACGAUACUUGGAUUUCGAGGUACAUCUUGAGGAAGGGCUACAUUCUCACUAUACAGAAGUGUGAGGAAACCAAUGCUGCUAGGACCAUCAAGAGAACUGCUGCAUAUGUCCAACAAGGUCUGCGUUGGGAGCGAAGCACCAUCCAAUCUUACCUUCGUACUGUUGACGAAGUCCCUCAAAUGUUCAAACACAACCUCAUCGUCUUCAAGACCUGGGAGCGGAUCCUCAAAACCCCAAUUAUCCUGAUCCACCUCUUCGCUUGGGCUUGCUCAUUCUACUACAACCCCUUUACCGCUCUCGGCUUCCUGUCUUACUACGCCUACUACAAGUACAAGGACGUCAGCAAGUUUCUGGAGAAUUACCCGUACAUGAGGAAGUACUGGUGGGUUGUCAUCAUGCAGGACUUCUCGGGACUGUACUUCAACUUGAAGGCUAUGUUGACGCUCUCGGAUGCGAGUUGGGAGAGAGGUGAGGGUGGACGAAAUGUUCAAUGA